AUGACCAACUACAAGUCCUAUGCUUCUCCUAUGGCCAUUAAGUCUUCUCUUCCCAGUGAUACUCUCCUUUCUUUUUCUGAACCUAAUCUAUACCGAAGUAUUGUUGGGGCUUUACAGUAUCUUAUUAUUACUCAACCUGAUCUCUCAUUUGCUAUUAAUCAUGCUUGCCAAUUCAUGUGUGCCCCUACUGUGGCUCAUUUCAAUGUUGUUAAGUGGCUUUUGCGAUAUCUUCAAGGGACUUUGGAUUAUGGUUUACAUUUUGCUCCUAGUUCUUUAGAUCUUCAUGCUUACUUAGAUUCGGAUUGGCGUAAGAGUACUGCAAAGAAACAGUGCACAGUCUUACAUUCAUCCACUGAAGCAGAAUAUCGAGCUCUUGCUCAAGCUGCCGCUGAAUUAGCAUGGCUUCAUAUGCUUCUCCAUGAAUUACAUCUUCCUUCCUCUACUCCUACACUCUAG